AUGCUGGCGUACAUAACCUCUUCCCCGUUGUUUAAGGGAAAGAAGAAGAAGAAGAAGAAGGAAAUAGACGCGGAUACUUUGGACGAUUUAUUGGAAGAAGAUGAUUCGGAUUCGGAUUCAGAAAAUCGUAAUGAAACAACAACGAAUACUAAUUCUUAUUAUUCUCCCUCUAAUGCGGUGUACUUAAAACGAGAAUGCAUCGAACUGAAAAUAAAAGUGAACGCGUUAGAGGAAGAACUCGCAUCCAUCCCUACUAGUGGGAAAGGGAAGGAAACACACGUAGAACACGCGAGGAAGAUGAUGGAGAAAGAUGCGGAAAUUUUGAAACUGAAACAACAAAACGAAGAAAAGGAGAAACUUUUGAGCGUUUAUCAGAGCAUAUCGACUUCGAAGGAAGAAGCGAUAUCGAUGGGCAUCGACGCGUCGAAAUUGCUAUCGUUUGAAAAGACGAAGGAGCUACAAAAGAUGUGUGCGGAAGCGAGGAACGUUCGCGAUGCGUACGAAGACGAGUUGAGAGUCGUCAAGGCGCGAUGGGAAGUAUCGCGACGAGAAAAGAGAGAGGCGACGUACGCUUUGGAAAUGAAAGAGAAGAAAUGUAACGCGAUUGAGAGCGCGAGGGAGGCGUUGGAGAUGGACAGGGACGAAGCGAGACGAGAAAUGUCGGCGAUGAAAACGGAGUUGAACGCGAACGCAUCGAGAUGGAGGAUGGACGUGAGCGCAUGGGAGACGAGGUGUUUGCUCGCCGAGAAGAAAGCGGCGCUUUUAUUAGAACAGAGAAACAUAGCGAACGAACAAAAAGAUAUCGAUACGGAAGAAGACGAGAGCGGAAGCGAAGAAGAAGAAGAAGAAGAAAAAGGAAAAGAGAAGACGACGAGCGGGAAAAGAGUCAAGACGAAAAAGUGGGCGCUGGCAAACGCGACGAAUUUGCAAGCCUCCAUGGAGGAUGUCAACAAAGCGUGCGAAGAGAAGAUUAAAAAAGAAUUGGAAGCAGCCUCGGCGCAAGUUUUAAAAUCCAAACGAGAGUUGGAAACGAUUGAAUUGAAGCUGGGCGUCGUCGAAGUUGAACGCGACGCGGCGAAUAAGAGCAAGAAAAAUUUACAAAUAGAAUUAGAGAAGGCGUUGGCGAGAGAGUCGAGAGUUUUAACGUGCUUGGAUUCAUUAGAGAUGGAAGUUACGGGUUUCGCGGAAGCGUGCGCCGAGAUUGGCGUUUUAGAUUCGCGCGUGGCGACCGCAUCAAAGUCGCCGAGUUGGACGUGGCAUCCGGAGUUUUACGACGUCGCGGCCGCUUCGCCCGUGGACGAAGAAGAAGAGGAAGGAGGGGAACAACAACAACAACAACAACAACGACAACGUGGAAGACAAAACGAAUUAGUGCAGACACAAGGUGAGAACAAAGCGAACGCGCUGUUUAGAACGGUCAUUCAAACCGUGGAGGAACGAUUCGAAGCGCUCGAGCGGGCGUUCCAGGAAAUGAUGGACGAUAAGGAACCAAAGUCGCUCGCGGAUGCCAUGCGGGACGAAGUAAAGUUGGCGUUCAUCUCGGCCAGAGUUGCCGAAGAACGUUCAAAGGGUGGUGGUGGUGGAGAUAGUAAUAAUACCACAUCGGCAACUAGUGAAGAAAAGAAUAAGAACGCUGGAGAGAGUAAAGCUAAUGGCGCCGAUGACGACGGCGAUGACGACGACGACGACGAGAACAGAAGAAAUAGCUAUGAAAUCGAGGCGUUGCGAAGCGAAAUCCGAGAACUCACCGAGACGAGCGAGCUUUUGGAGCACGAACUCAACGAGCAACUCACGGAGAGUAACGCAAAAUGCGAAGAGCUCACCAUUCAAUUGAAGAGUAUGACUCUUUCGCACGCGAAUGCGAGCAACGAGCGCGAAUCCAUGAGUCGAGCGCUCGAGGACGCAAAGUCGCGCUUGAAUAGCGAGCGCGAAAAAGUGCAAUCGCUCGAGAGCGCUUUGAAAAAUGCUCAAAACGAAGGGAAACGUCAAAUCCAAAAAGAAAUCGAACGACGCGUAGAUCAAGAGAUGGAAAUGACGUUCGAGAUUGAAACGUUGAAAAGAGAUCUCGCGUCGAAAAUGGACCGAGUCGCCGAACUCGAUGGGAGAUUGAAAUCUGUCGCGGCAAAGUACGAAGCGGCGAAGAGAGAAAGCGGAACUUCGGAGGAAAUAUCGCAACAAGCUCGAGUGGAAAUUGAAAGAUUACAAAAAGAAAGCAAAGCAAAGCUCGAGGCUUUGCGAAUAGAAAACGAGGAGUUACUCGAGAAGGUCGAGGAUGCAAACGUUCGCGUGCAUCAGCUUUUGCAAGAAAUCGAGGCGAUGGAUUCGGCCUCGGCAGAGGCUUCCGAACACGUUUCGCAAGCAAUGCAGGCGAUUAAGAACGCGUCGUCGCGCGAAAUCUCUUCGCUCAAAUCAAAGUUGGCAGAAGCAGAAGCGUUCAUAGAAGCCACGGAAGGCAUGGAGGACGAAUUAAUCUCUACUCGAGAGGAAAUGUCGAGCAUGAAGGAACAUUUUAGCAGACGCGAGAUAGAAUUGAGAGGCCGAAUUGCCGAGCUGGAAAAUAUCAUCGAAGCCGUACGAUUGGGGAGAGGUAGGAAAGUUGGCGUGACGCCGCCGCAUAGUCCCAAACCGUCGCCGCGCAAACAGUUUGGUAAGAUAGGAGAUCAAGACGACGAAGUCGACGACGACGCGUCCGAAAACUCGUUUUACAUUCGAACCUCCUCGAAAGCGGAUCGCGAGCAAACGCUCUCGGCGAUUAAGAGCGUCGAUAAGAGUUUGCGACAGGCGCGCGACGAGUUCGAUCGAGUCCGAAAUGCGCGCUCGCGCCGUCUCGGUUUCGAUGAGAAAGGAGAGGAUUAG